AUGCUCCCCAACUACAACAACCACUGGCAAGAAGCCAGACAUAGAAACGUUAAUCGUCAACCAAACCAACAUCACGUACCCUACAACGGCCCUGUCUUCCAUCGCCCUCUACCACCCACCAAUCAUCGAUCACCAACCAACCCAUCCAGUUAUACCCCACCCCAUCACCGACCUACCUACAAUACAGCCUACCAAUCCAGAGGUAACCACCUACCUGACCAACAACAGAAACGACUACCAGCCCACCGACACCAACCAGUCCCCACUCAUAAAGAGGAAUUACCAAACCACACUUCAAGAGAAGCUGGCCACCAUUCGUACCAAGUCUUUAUCAUCACCUGGCGUCGACCGCAUCGUUUCUCAUGCCUGUCCUGGGCCCGUCGCUCCUGUAGGAAACGUCUCACUCAAGCUGUAAUCACCAAAUUCUACCAGACAAUCAACGAAACCAAAACCAGAGUAACCAUAUUUCUUCCAACUGAAAUGGACACUACACCUGCACCAUCUGGAGUCACUACACUACCGAACCAAACCCCUAAACAAAGCCAAAAUUCACCCACUCCUACUCCAGCAGACAUAGGUAAACGCUCGUAG